CCGACAGCAGCAGCCCCCACACACACAUAUAUAUGAAAAACAAGCAGCUAAGUAGCUCACAGCUAGCAGCUAGCUCUCCUCUCCUCCUCUCUGUCGAGCAGACAGCCGGCUGAUCGGCACCUCAACUUUUUGGGAAGCAACUUUUUAGAAACAACACGAGUUGUUUGUUGAUCUCCAGUUGGACAGACAACAACUUUACCCACCUAAAAGUCAUGGCGUGUGGAGCCACCCUGAAGAGGACCAUGGAUUUCGAUCCUCUGAUGAGUCCUACGUCUCCUAAAAGACGAAGAUGUAUCCCCGUGUCCCAAUCAUCCUCCUCCUCCUCAUCCCCUAGGAAGUAUCUGAGCAUGGAGCCCUCGCCAUUUGGGGAGUCGUCGUCCAGGCUUAGUGCAGAACAAAUCCUCAACAGCAUCAAGCAGGAGUACAAACGCAUUCAAAAGAGAAAGCAUCUAGAUGGAGGCUACCAACAGUCAGACUGCUGCUAUUCUCCAGAGUCCCCAUCCCAGUCGUCUACUAUGAAUGUUUCCAGCAUGCCAGGAACGUCCUCUGGAGGCGUUUCUCCGACUAGAAAAGAACAGCCAUUAUUCACCCUCAGACAAGUUGGAAUGAUCUGUGAACGCCUGCUGAAAGAAAAGGAGGAGAAGGUGCGGGAGGAGUAUGAGGAGACCAUGACCUCAAAACUGGCAGAACAAUAUGACACCUUUGUGAAGUUCACACAUGAUCAGCUAAUGCGACGAUUCGGGGAGCAACCUGCAAGCUAUGUUUCCUGAGUGUGGCCCAGAAAUCUUUUUUGCAAGACGGCCUUUCUCUUGCUGCAAGCUAUCAUGUGAUAUCUCAAGAAAGAAGAAGAAGAAGAAAAAAAAAGCUCAUCCUUGUAAGAGAUUCAGUUUAGCUAGUUUAAAUGAAACUUUUCUUACUGUGCCAUAUUUCUGUCUUUGGGCAAAGGUUUAUAUGAAGCUGUUGUCAGUUGUUACCACUCUGUUGUUAGCAACUAGGUGCUUCCUUAUGUAAAUGAAUGGACCCUAUCUCUACCAGUGGCCUAUGUUCCUCCUGCUGUACGUGUAUCUACAGUUUAUCUCACUUUUGUAAUGAUUCCCAGCAUUCCAGGCUUUGUCACUUGUUUUCUGUUUGUUACAUGUAAAUAUGAUAAAGCAGUGCAAGAGUUUUACUUAAAGGUUUGCUGGUCAAUCUGAGAGGGAAGUGGAAGAAACGCAGCAGAACAGAGCGAAUACGUUUGCAGUUUGUCCUCUGUUCAUUGCUUUUUAAAUUGAGCAUAAAGUGGGCUGAUUUGAUUUUUUAAUUUUUUUUUUUGUCCUCCCUACCAGUGUUUUUAUUUAUUUUGACUUUUGUUUUGCUGGUAUCACUUUGAAACCAAUGUACUUAUUGGAAAAACAAUAAAAAUCUUUUAAGAGUUGAA